AUGGUCAAAAUCGCUCUUGCUCCGGCGACAAGCCAGCUCUCCAAGGAAAUUCUCGACUCGCUCGUGGCUACAGGAAAGCACGAGAUCAUUGGGCUGGUCCGCAAGGAUCCCAGCACCCUCCCACAAUUCCCGGGAGUCACCUGGGUCCAGACAGACUUCCAGGACGAGGCUGAGCUGGUUAAAAUUCUCACCGGCGUCCACACAGUGUUGUGCUUCGUUGCUGUCCACUUGGAUCCAGGAAACGAGUCACAGAAAAGACUCAUUGAUGCUUCCAUCAAGGCUGGGGUGAGCCGCUUUGCACCAUCUGAGUGGUCUAGUGGAGUGAAACUAGAAAGCUUCCCUGACACGUUGUCUUGGUACGCUGGAAAGCUUGAGGUGAAGAAUUACCUGGAAUCCAUCAACAAGGAUAAGAAGGUGAUUGAAUUUUGCAGGUUCCAGCCGGGAGGAUUCUUGAACUAUCUUGCGCACCCUCACAGUAUCUCUAAGCAUAUCACCACAAUACCUCUCACCAUUAAUAUCGAGAAGAGGCACGCACUGCUUGAAGAGGGCUCUCUGGACGCCCAUAUGUCUUUUACGACCACAAAGGAUAUUGCCAAUGUGGUGGCCCGUGCCGUGGAGUAUGAAGGUGAAUGGCCCAGGGUUGGAGGCAUCCAAGGAAACCGACACACUCUACGAGAGCUUGUGGAGAUUGGUGAGAAGGUUCGAGGCACGCCGUUUACCAAGGAAUGGCUGAAGUCAGAAGAUCUGGAUGCUGGCUUGCUGAAAACGGAGAACUACACCCGCCUAGAUCUCCCAUCAACUCCUCCAGACCAGAUCGACGCAUUUUCCAAGGUGGCAGCGAUUGGAGUCCUGAGAGCCAUCAGCCGUGGCGUCUGGGAUGUUUCAGACGAAUGGAACAAAAUUUUUCCCGACUAUGAAUUCGCCAAGACGGAUGAAAUUCUCCAGGGACUCUGGAAGGGACAGUAG